GGAGCGGGCGCCGGAGGCCGAGUGGGGACGUCGUGGCUGAGUUGGCGAGCGGCGACUGAGGGAGGCACCGACGCUGGGAAGCGAGCUCGCCGCCGUCUCCUCCGCGUUCGUGUCGUCGGCCCCGGGAGCUCCCCUCCUCCUCCUCGUCCUGGUCCUCGUCCAACCCCCCCCCCCACCCGGACUGCGCGGUUCCUGGUUGGAGAAGGCUGCGCGCUGCUGUGCGGGGAGGGGGUGUGUGGAGCCGCGUCCCCGCGUCCGCAGUGGCUGCUGUCCGGGGGAGACGCGGGGGGGGGAGUCGUCGGAGCGGCCGACGUGCUGUGGAGCCGGAGACUUUGGGGGCGAGCGGAUAACGGGGUCCGGGUGUCUGGUGUGUGAACAUCACAGGUCUAUUCUGGAUAGCAGGUUUUGUGAAGACAUUUAUUCUUUCUUGGACCUCAGAUUUUCCAGACAUCUCAUGGGUUUGUGGAUGCACUUAGAUGUUUGCAAUGAGCACUGUGGCUGGCAUGCCCCAGUGUUUUGGAUACCAAUGCAUAGGACUCCAUAGUAAUCGAAUUUACCAGAGGCGAACGUCAUGAGCAUAGCGAUCCCAUUGGGGGUUGAUACAACAGAAACGUCAUACUUGGAAAUGGCUGCAGGCUCAGAACCAGAAUCUGUAGAAGCUAGCCCUGUGGUAGUUGAGAAAUCCAACAGUUAUCCCCACCAGUUAUACACCAGCAGCUCCCAUCAUUCACACAGUUACAUUGGUUUGCCCUAUGCGGACCAUAAUUAUGGUGCUCGUCCUCCUCCAACACCUCCAGCUUCCCCUCCUCCAUCAGUUCUUAUUAGUAAGAAUGAAGUAGGCAUAUUUACCACUCCUAAUUUUGACGAAACUUCUAGUGCUACUACAAUCAGCACAUCUGAGGAUGGAAGUUAUGGUACUGAUGUAACCAGGUGCAUAUGUGGUUUUACACAUGAUGAUGGAUACAUGAUCUGUUGUGACAAAUGCAGUGUUUGGCAACAUAUUGACUGCAUGGGGAUUGACAGGCAGCAUAUUCCUGAUACAUAUCUAUGUGAACGUUGUCAGCCCAGGAAUUUGGAUAAAGAGAGAGCAGUGCUACUACAACGCCGGAAAAGAGAAAAUAUGUCAGAUGGUGAUACCAGUGCAACCGAGAGUGGCGAUGAAGUUCCUGUGGAACUGUACACCGCAUUUCAACACACUCCAACCUCAGUUACCCUAACCGCUUCACGGGUGUCCAAGGCUAAUGAGAAAAGACGGAAAAAAAGUGGCGAGAAAGAACAAACCUUUUCAAAAUGUAAAAAAGCCUUCCGUGAAGGAUCUAGGAAGUCAUCAAGAGUUAAGGGUUCAGCUCCAGAAACCGAUCCUUCAUCUGAUGGUGCAAAUUUUGGAUGGGAGACAAAAAUCAAAGCAUGGAUGGACCGCUAUGAAGAGGCAAAUAACAACCAGUAUAGUGAAGGUGUUCAGAGGGAAGCACAAAGACUAGCUCAAAAAUUAGGCAGUGGUAAUGAUAAAAAAGAUACCAGUAAAUCAGAAAUGAAUACCAACAAUUCACUUUUUAAACCUCCUGUAGAGAGCCAUAUCCAGAAGAAUAAAAAAAUUCUCAAAUCUGCCAAAGAUUUGCCUCCUGAUACACUUAUCAUUGAAUACAGAGGGAAGUUUAUGCUGAGGGAGCAGUUUGAAGCAAAUGGAUAUUUCUUUAAAAGGCCAUACCCUUUUGUAUUAUUCUACUCUAAAUUUCAUGGGCUAGAAAUGUGUGUUGAUGCAAGAACUUUUGGGAAUGAGGCAAGAUUCAUCAGACGUUCUUGUUCUCCCAAUGCAGAGGUGAGGCAUGAAAUUGAAGAUGGAACCAUACAUCUUUACAUCUAUUCCAUGCAAAGUAUUCCAAAGGGGACUGAGAUUACUAUUGCCUUUGAUUUUGACUAUGGGAAUUGUAAGUACAAGGUGGAUUGUGCUUGCCUCAAAGAAAAUCCAGAAUGCCCUGUUCUAAGACGUAGUUCGGAAUCUACAGAAAACAUCAAUAGUGGUUACGAGACCAGAAGAAAAAAAGGAAAAAAGGAGAAAGAUAUUUCAAAAGAAAAGGAUAUACAAAAUCAGAAUAUGACUUUGGAUUGUGAAGGAACAAACAACAAAAUAAAGAGCCCAGAAACGAAACAAAGAAAACUUUCUCCACUGAGACUAUCAGUAUCAAAUAAUCAGGAACCAGAUUUUAUUGAUGAUAUAGAAGAAAAAACUCCUAUUAGCAAUGAAGUAGAAAUGGAAUCAGAGGAACAAAUUGCAGAAAGGAAAAGGAAAAUGACAAGAGAAGAAAGAAAAAUGGAAGCAAUUUUGCAAGCUUUUGCCAGACUUGAGAAAAGAGAGAAGAGACGAGAGCAAGCUUUGGAAAGGAUCAGCACAGCCAAAACUGAGGUGAAACCUGAAUGUAAAGAGGCAGCGACUGUCAGUGAUGCUGAGGUCAUUCAGGAACAAGCAAAAGAUGAAACUGGGAUGAAGCCAACCCCUGCCAAAGUGAACCGCACUAAACAGAGGAAAAGUUUCUCUCGCAGUCGGACUCACAUUGGACAGCAGCGUCGGAGACACAGAACUGUCAGCAUGUGUUCAGACAUCCAGCCAGCUUCUCCUGACAUUGAAGUGACGUCACAACAGAAUGACAUUGAGACCACUGUACUUGCUGUAGAACCAGAAACGGAAACUGCAGUAACAGAAAUAAUUACUGAAACUGAUGUUCCAGCACUUAAUAAAUGUCCCACAAAGUAUCCGAAAACAAAGAAGCACUUGGUCAAUGAAUGGUUAAGUGAGAAGAAUGAGAAGCCAGGAAAGCCUUCAGACAGCCUUUCCGAAAGGCCUCUGCGCAUAACCACUGAUCCUGAAGUGUUAGCUACUCAGCUCAACUCUUUACCAGGCCUCACAUACAGUCCCCACGUGUACUCUACUCCGAAGCAUUACAUUAGAUUUACAUCACCAUUCCUUUCAGAAAAAAGGAGAAAAAAAGAACCAACUGAAAAUAUAUCUGGCUCAUGCAAAAAGCGAUGGUUGAAACAAGCCCUGGAGGAAGAAAAUUCAACUAUUUUACAUAGAUUCAAUUCACCCUGUCAAGAAAGAUCCAGAAGUCCUACAGUCAAUGGUGAAAAUAAAAGCCCACUACUAUUAAAUGAUAGCUGUUCCCUUCCAGAUUUAACUACACCACUUAAAAAACGAAGACUUUACCAAUUGCUAGACUCUGCUUACUCAGAAACCUCCACACCUACUCCUUCUCCAUAUGCCACACCAACUCACACAGACACCACUCCUGUGGACCCAUCAUUUGCCACUCCUCCACGGAUAAAAUCAGAUGAUGAAAAUUACAGAAAUGGUUAUAAACCCAUAUAUUCACCAGUUACCCCAGUAACUCCUGGUACACCAGGAAAUACCAUGCACUUUGAGAAUAUUUCUUCACCAGAAAGUUCUCCAGAAAUAAAGAGACGCACUUACAGUCAAGAGGGAUAUGACAGACCUUCAACCAUGUUAACACUGGGGCCUUUUAGAAAUUCCAAUUUAACUGAGUUAGGUCUGCAAGAAAUAAAGACUAUUGGCUAUACCAGCCCUAGAAGUAGGACUGAAGUCAACAGGCCAUGCCCAGGAGAAAAGGAAUCUGUGUCAGAUCUUCAACUGGGACUCGAUGUAGUCGAGCCAGCUACUGUCCAUAAAACCAUGGAAACACCAGCCCAUGACAGGACUGACCCCAACAGCCAGCUGGACUCAACUCACUCUGGACGCAAUACAAUGUAUUCUUCCUGGGUAAAGAGUCCUGACAGAACGGGAGUUAAUUUCUCAGUGAACUCCAACUUGAGGGACUUGACACCCUCACAUCAGUUGGAGGUUGGAGGCGGCUUCCGAAUAAGUGAGUCAAAGUGCCUGAUGCAGGAUGAUACUAGAGGCAUGUUUAUGGAAACAGCUGUGUUUUGUACUUCUGAAGAUGGGCUUGUCUCUGGUUUCGGACGGACGGUUAAUGACAAUUUGAUCGACGGGAAUUGCACACCCCAGAAUCCACCACAAAAGAAAAAGGUUUCUCUACUAGAAUAUCGUAAGCGACAACGUGAAGCUAGGAAAAGUGGCUCUAAGACAGAAAACUUUCCUCUCAUUAGUGUAUCGCCCCACGCAAGUGGAAACCUGAGCAACACUAGUGACGGAUGUGUCCCCAGUGGGGAAAACGGGGAGCAGGUAGAAAACACUGCUAGCCUUCCUUUACCACCGCCAGCUACUGCUUAUAACACCUCUUCUGAGGAAGCCAGCAAUAACUGUCCUGUUAAAGAAGCUAUUGCCAGCGAAAAGAAUGAGCCAGAAGUUCAGUGGACUGCCUCCACUUCAGUGGAGCAAGUAAGGGAAAGGAGCUACCAGAGAGCUUUACUCCUCAGUGACCACCGAAAAGACAGAGACAGUGGGGGAGAAUCACCAUGUGUCUCAUGUUCACCGAGCCAUGUUCAGUCUUCACCUUCAUCUCAUUCAAAUCACAUUCCCCAAGUGCACGCUAAGGGCCUAGUCCCUGUUUUCAGUGACAUUAUGGAAGACCCUGAUCCUGAAAAUCCAGAACCCACAGCUGCAAAUGAAUGUCCAUCCCCUGACACUUCUCAAAACACUUGUAAAAGCCCUUCAAAAGUGAGCAAGCCUGGUUCACCUGGACCCGUAAUUCCUGCUCAGUCACAUGGGAAAAUACUCACAAAACCAGAUCCAUGGGAGGCAACAAUUACUGUUUCAGAAGCUGAGAGCAGUGUUCACCUGAAAACAGAACUCCAACAAAAACAGCUGUCCAGUAACACCCCAGCACUUUCAAAGAACCACCCACCUCAGCCCCAUGGUCGCAGUGCAGCCGAGCAACUUCCACAAAAGCUGUCUUCUGCACCACCAAAGUUGCACUGUCCUCCCUCACCUCACACCGAAAACCCUCCCAAGUCCUCCACGCCUCACACGCCUGUGCAGCAUGGUUAUCUCUCACCAAAGCCGCCUUCACAGCAGCUAGGAUCUCCCUUCAGGCCUCAUCACUCACAGUCACCGCAAGUCGGAACUCCUCAGCGAGAGCCUCAGAGAAAUUUUUAUCCAGCAGCACAGAACCUUCAAGCCAACACUCAACAGGCAACUUCUGGAGCAUUAUUUACACAGACACCCUCAGGACAAUCUUCAGCAACAUACAGUCAGUUUAACCAACAAAGUCUCAACAGCUCGGCACCACCCCCUCCACCUCCUCCGCCUCCUUCUUCGUCUUACUAUCAAAACCAGCAACCCUCUGCAAACUUUCAGAAUUAUAAUCAGCUCAAAGGUAGUCUUUCCCAACAGACUGUGUUUACAUCCGGACCAAAUCAAGCACUUCCCGGCACCACAAGCCAGCAAUCAGUUCCAGGACACCAUGUUACUCCAGGGCAUUUUCUGCCCUCUCAGAACCCUACCAUUCACCAUCAGACUGCGGCUGCUGUCGUCCCGCCCCCGCCGCCGCCGCCGCCUGCUCCAGGACCACACCUUGUACAACAGCCAAAUUCUCAUCAGCAACACACUGUCGCACAUGUAGUUGGGCCAGUUCAUGCUGUUACUCCUGGGUCACACAUUCAUCCUCAAACUGCUGGACAUCAUUUACCACCCCCACCCCCACCCCCUGGUCCUGCCCCCCAUCACCAUCCACCACCCCAUCCUUCUACAGGACUGCAAGGUCUACAAGCACAACACCAGCAUGUUGUAAAUUCAGCACCCCCCCCACCUCCUCCUCCUCCUCCAGCCAGUGUUUUGGCUUCUGGGCAUCAUUCGACAUCAGGUCAAGCCUUACACCACCCACCUCAUCAAGGACCUCCACUUUUUCCUACAAGUGCUCAUCCAGCUGUACCACCGUAUCCCUCACAAGCCACACAUCACACGACUUUGGGACCGGGACCCCAACACCAGCCUUCUGGAACAGGGCCACAUUGUCCAUUGCCAGUUGCAGGUCCUCAUCUCCAGCCCCAAGGACCAAACAGUAUUCCAACACCUACUGCUUCAGGGUUCUGUCCUCACCCUCAUCCUGGCUCUGUGGCCCUGCCACAUGGGGUGCAAGGACCUCAGCAGGCAUCUCCAGUGCCUGGACAGAUUCCAAUUCACAGAGCACAGGUGCCACCAACAUUUCAGAAUAAUUACCAUGGUUCAGGGUGGCAUUAAAAUGGACUCCAAUAACAUUUUUUAAAAUGUUCUGUAAAAUAAACUGUAUAUUUCACAUGUACCUAUAAAGGUACUUUUUAAAGCUUGUACAUGAAACUUUGUAUAAAAAAAAAGAAAUCAAAAACAAAAAACACCAGUGCUUUCAUUGUAUUUUUCCCAUUUUUGCUUUUUAAAAUUCCUUAAGAAAUGUGCUCUUAAGCCAGUAGUAGGUAUCUUUAUUUUGUAAGUGAACAUUCCAGCGGUUCUGGCAGUAGACCUGACUCGACAUGAUCUUUAACUCUGAUUGUUGCCGUUCACUUCAUUUAGUGAAUGUCUUUAUUAUUUUAUACAUACACAUUCAGUAUCGCUAAGUAAAGCACUAUGGGGAUUUUUUCUUUUUCUUUUUUUGGUCAGCAGUUCUGUGAGUGCAUCUUAGGUCUAAAAAUGCAAUACAGAUUUUUAUAGUUUGGUGUGGACAUGACUCAUUUUGUUUUAUCAGUUAUUUGCAAGCAAAAUGUAAUUUAAUGUAUAGAUGGUUUCCUGACAAACUGUAAAUACUGCAUUUCUUCUGCGUAUAAAAUUGCUUCCAGCUUUUUCAUUUGAUAUAUAGCAUUGUACAUAUGACAGGUCUUUUGCAAAACUGUGUGAUCUUUGUGAAAGUAGUACAGUAUAUGACCUUUACUUUUUUAUUUUAAAUAUACUGUCACAUUGAAGCACUGGUUGGGCAUUUUAAUUCAUGUUAAUAAAUCACAAUUAUGUCAGUUUUA